AUGUCAGUAGAGGGCCUCGUCAGUAACUCAUUAGAAGAUAGGGCAUCAACCAAAAAUUUGGCUGAGCAAACUUAUAGAGGAACAUUUUUCUUUAUGGGAUGGGAUCCUCACUUCCCGAUGAAACAUCCUGCAACAUGCGAUUCAGUUGCAAUUUGCAGAUUCAAAAAGAAACUGUGCUUAAAAAUCUCACGAUCAGCACCAGUUUGUGGCACCAAUGAGAAUCGGAUUAAACGAGAACAACUGAAUGAGAAUACGGCAUUCAUUGACGCCUCACCUCUAUACGGCUCCUCUUCGAAGGAUCUACAUAAAUUCCGCGAUGGCACUACGGGUUUUUUGAAGAUGAGUCGAUUUAACAAUCAAAUGGUAUUACCAUUCGAUCAGUCGAAAUGCGCCUCGAAAAGUAGCUGUAAGGCAACCUUCACGGCUGGAGAUAUACGUGUUAAUCUGUUUAUUGGUUUAUCUUCAAUGCAUAUACUGUUUACUAGGGAGCAUAACAGGAUAGCAACUGCUUUGCAUCGUUUGAAUCAGCAUUGGUCAGGCGAUCGCAUCUUUCAAGAGACACGUAAAAUAGUUGGAGCUGAGGUACAAAAUAUAGUUUAUGAAGAAUUUUUGCCGAAAAUACUGGGUAAUUCAAUGUCUGUACAUAUAGGACCGUAUGAAGGGUACAAACCUGAUGUUGACCCGACAAUUUCGAAUGUGUUUACGACAGCUGCGUAUCGAUUUGGUCAUGGAAUGUUACAGGUCGAGUAG